AUGACGACUUCGUCUAUAAGGCGGCAGAUGAAAAACAUUGUGAACAAUUAUUCAGAGGCUGAAAUUAAAGUUCGAGAAGCAACCUCCAAUGACCCUUGGGGUCCUUCUAGCUCUUUAAUGACUGAAAUAGCAGAUCUGACUUACAAUGUGGUUGCAUUUUCUGAAAUCAUGAGUAUGAUCUGGAAACGGCUAAAUGACCAUGGGAAGAACUGGAGACAUGUGUAUAAGGCCCUGACCCUCUUGGAUUACCUGAUUAAAACUGGCUCAGAACGGGUAGCACAACAGUGUAAGGAAAAUAUAUUUGCUAUCCAGACACUAAAAGAUUUCCAGUACAUUGAUCGAGAUGGUAAAGAUCAAGGAAUUAAUGUAAGGGAGAAGUCUAAGCAGCUGGUAUCCCUUCUGAAGGAUGAUGAGCGACUUAAAAUUGAGAGGGCCCAAGCCCUGAAGACCAAAGAGCGCAUGGCUCAGGUGGCCACUGGGGUUGGUAGUAACCAGAUUACCUUUGGUAGAGGUUCCAGUCAGCCCAACCUGUCAACUAGCUACUCUGAACAAGAGUAUGGCAAGUCUGGAGGUUCCCCAGCAUCUUAUCAUGGCUCACCUGGAGCUGCACUGUGUCCCCAGCACUGUGCAGGUGCCCUAGUGAAUCAAAGUGAGGAUCUCCAUCAACUGAAUCACCACCAUCAUUUCCUGCAGCACUUUGGGUUUUCCUCCUAUCCAAAUAGUGACUGGCCCCAAUCCUGCUUAACUUGUGAUCUCACAGCCCAAGCUACCUCCCCUCGUGUUUCUUCAGAGCUGGAGCAAGCCCGACCUCAAACAAGUGGAGAAGAAGAACUUCAGCUGCAGCUUGCAUUAGCAAUGAGCAGAGAAGUUGCAGAGCAGGAAGAACGUCUCAGACGUGGAGAUGACCUAAGGUUACAAAUGGCCCUGGAAGAAAGUCGUAGAGAUACUGUUAAAAUUCCAAGAAAAAAAGAGCAUAAUACUCUUUUGGAUUUGAUGGAUGCUCUACCCAAUUCAGCUGCUGCCCCUCAGAAAGAAGAACCAUGGGGAACAUCAACUGUAACCAACCAAACUGAUCCCUGGGGAGGAGCUGCAACUACAUCAACUACUUCAGACCCUUGGCAAUCAUUUGGUGCCAAUCCUGCUGUCUCUGACCCUUGGAGGGCGCCUGCUGGAUCUUCUACUCAGUCACUUCCAAAGAACACAGAUCCAUGGGUACCUUCUCAGUCAGCUAGUGGAAUAGCAAAAGCUACCACAGAUCCUUGGGGACCAGCAUCUGCUAACAAAACUAUUUCCAAUUCUGGAUCUUUUGAUCUCUUCAGUAACUUGAAUGGUACACUUAAAGAUGACUUUUCUGAUUUUGACAACCUCCGAACCUCUAAAAAGACAGCUGAAUCCAUUUCUUCUCUACCAUCCCAAAACAACGGUACAUCAAGUCCAGAUCUUUUUGAUUCUCAAUCUGUGAAUUUGGUCUCAAGCAAACAGAGUGUAGCUCGGAAAACACCAGAGUCCUUCUUGGGUCCCAAUGCAGCCUUAGUGAAUCUGGACUCUCUAAUAACCAAGCCAUCACAACCUGUUCCUUCACUGAAUCCGUUCUUGGCUCCAGGUUCUUCCACAGCACCAACUCCGAUCAAUCCUUUCCAAGUGAAUCAGCCUCAGCCCUUGACAUUAAACCAGAUGAGAGCAAGUCCCAUCAUGGGAACAAGUCCUUCUUUCACUUCUGUGUCAUCAGUGAGCAUGGAGCCAAUACCUCUGCCUUCCAUUGCACCAGUAGCUGUUGGAAUGACACCAGUACCAUCUUUGGGCAGUGUGACAUCUCUGACUAGAAUGGGCCAAGGGAUAACCAUUGCAGGAUCUAUGUCUCAGCCUCUUCAUAAUACAGGAAUUCCUCCACCUGCAUCCCAGUCUACAAGUACAACCAACCCUUUCCUCUUAUAA